AUGCUCUCUGCAGCUGGAAUCAAUAUGGAACUAGAGAAUCAAUCAUUACUACAGAGAACCAUAACCCUUCAAGAAGAACUCAAGGACUCUCAAGCAGCAUUUAUACUUGAACAGGAGAGAGCAGAGGCUUCGUUGAAAGAAGCAGAGACGGCGAAAUCACAAUGGGUUUGCAAGAUAUGUCUGAUCAAAGAAGUGGACAUAACCAUUGUACCAUGCAGACAUGUCUUGUGUCGAGAAUGUUCAGCUUCAGUCGCUAGAUGUCCCUUUUGUCGUCUUCAAGUCACUAGAACCAUCCGAAUCUUCCGACCAUAA